ACACACCGAGCCACCGGCAGCAGGGGGAGGAGCCAGCGGGCCGAGGAUGCUGAGGAUGCUGAGGAUGCUGUCAGGUUGCCGUGGUUUCAGCCUCCUGUCUCCUGUGCCGACCGUCGUGUGCGCAGCCGAAGGGUGUGAGUGCGAGGAUUUAUGACAGGACGGAGGGAAGGAGGAGAGGAGGAAAGGAGGGGAGGAGGAGGCUGUGACAGCAGGAGGUGUUGAAGGGUGGAUCGUCGCUGCUGCAGAAAAACAUCAGAGUCAUCGUUUCCUCUGAGUUCCGGCCGUCAGGAGGCUCCAUCCCUCCAUCUGUGAGCAGAGGGAGGACUGACGGACUGAAGGAAGGGCUGAGGAAGGAUGGAGGGAGUCUGAGUCCCCGCUGUUCCUCAGAUCGGUAGGGAGUCAUGAGCUCUCAGGAGGAGGCGUCUUCCUUCAGGAGGUUCUUUCAGUACGUGGAGGACAGCGGGCUUCGGACAUACGACGGUCUGGUGAUCCAAAACGCUUCUGACAUCGCCAGAGAGAGCGACCGCGUACGGAACCAGACCAACUGGACCUACCUCCAGGAGAAACACCAGAAAAAGAGACGGCAAGAAGAGGCUAUCAAGAGGAUCGGGGAAGAUGUUGCCAUGGCUUCAGACGGGGCAUACGCAGGAAAACACUUCAGGAUGGGCUUCAUGACAAUGCCGGCGCCACAGGACCGACUGCCCACGUCCAGCCAAGGCUUCACUGUCCGGUCCCAAUCUCUUCACUCGGUGGGUGGAGGGGAGGAAGACUCCAACCACAGUCGCAAGCAACCCCCACCCAAACCUAGGCGAGACCCCAACACAAAACUCAGCAGCAGCUCUGAGGCGGUGGAUGGAGUCUCUGGCUUCAUAAAGAGAGAGUAUCAGGAGACUAAAGAUGGUGGAGAACCUUCAGAAGCUCGAUACCAUCACCACACUGAAGAAUCCAAAAAGAUGCCUCCGCCCAAACCCAAAAGAGACCCAAACACUCAGCUGAGCUCCUCCUUUGAUGAAUCCUACAUCCGUAACCACUGCAGCAAGAAGUCUUCCCUACACGGCGACAAAUCCUCGUCUCAGAGUCAGAGUCCAGCAUCCAGAGACACGGACGACGAAGAGCCGGUUUAUAUCGAGAUGGUGGGAAACAUCCUGCGUGAGAUGAAGGGUCAGGAGACCGUGGACGAUGAGCAGAGCGAGUCGGUGUAUGAGGAGAUGAAGUACCCAAUGUUGGAGGACUUUCUGCAGGAUGUGCAGUCCACCAUCAUCGACAGCGAGGCGUGGUCGUCCCGGGGCUCGUUCUGCGACAUUCCUCCGCCCUUCCCUAACCUCCUGACCCACCGUCCACCGCUGCUCGUCUUCCCACCUGCCCCGGCUCAGUGCUCCCCCAACUCUGACGAGUCCCCCCUCACCCCCCUCGACGUAACUCGUCUGCCUGUGUUAGAAAACGUUAGCUUGAAUAAACCGGGCGGUGCAGAGCAACCGCAGAGCUCCGGUCACCACCGCAAAGAUCGGGAUCGAGAUCGAGACCGGGACUUGUCCCACACUCACACGAUCACAUCCUCUGGUCGCUCAUCUGCCCCCCCGCUCCCCUCCAGCUUCUACAAGUCCUCUAGCUCUGCCCACAGCGGUCACGGUUACCCCCGCAGCCAGUCGGCAUGUCCGUCUCCGGUCAGCAUGGGGCGCUCCUUGACUCCUCUUAGUUUGAAGAGGCCGCCCCCUUAUGACACUCUCAUAGCUGGAGGAAGCAUGCCUCGCUCCUCCUCCUCAUCAUCAUCAUCCUCGCAGAGGGCGGGGGAAGGCGGGGCUAAACUAAGCAACUCCUCCUCCGCCCACGGCUCCAUGCACAACGUCUCGGCGAGGUCACAGACUCCGACGAGUCCAUUGGACGAGCUCAACAACCUGUUUGCCUCAGGCAGGCAGGUGAUGAAGAGAGGCUCUGGGAGGAGGAAGAGCCGAGAGGGUGAAGCAGACUCAAAGUCUUUGCCCAGACACGACAGUAAGGACAGAGACGGUCAAGCAAGUCCCGUGUCCAGCAGGAUGGGGAGGUCGUCUGUGAGCCCCACCAUGAUGCUGUCAGGAGGAGGAGGAGGAGGAGGAGGAGGAGAAUCAAAGACUGUGAGUAAACUGGGCCGAUCUGCAUCGACGUCAGGGGUCCCGUCUCCGGGCGGAACGCCACAACGCCACCUCCAUGAGUCCCACCAUCCCGCCCUCAGCCAGGACUGAACUUUGGUGAACAAUCAGAGAGCAGAAGCUUCAGACCUCCUCCUGAACCUAGUUGUCAGUCUUAAUCUGAAUUUUAACCACUAACAGCCUGCAGCUGACCCUUCGCCGGCUCAGUAACACUUUACUACUAACAUGCUGAAGUUUCUAACAGCAGCACUAAUACCACACUGAUGCUGAACUAACAGUGAGUCAUUCUGAAGCACUUUAACACAAUAAUACUCUUUAAAAGCUCUUCACGAAGUGUCAUAAAAUCAACAAUCAAGGCAAAUUCCCCAAUUUAUCUCCUCUGAUACAAACUGACCGUGCCCCAUUCCUAUAUUUACUCCGCUCCGCUCUGACCCAUGCUGACCAACUCCAUUUUCACACAUCCUGACCAUGCCGACAUUUUAAAGCAUUUUGACUCAGAACCAGCUGAUACAUGACUCCACCAUUUAACACCAUUUCCAUACCCCUUCCCAUUCUGAUCCCCACCGCCCCCGCCCCAACCUGAUCUGUAUCUGACCCUGUUUUUGUACAAAUGUGCUCCAUCCUGUUGCUACGCAUUCUGCACACCAUCACUGGCCCAGUUUCAGUCCGGUCUGUACGGCCCGCCAUGUGUCGCAGGAGUUUUUCACUACCUUCAACACAGUUUCCUUUAGUUAGAGCUCGUUCAAAGCAGAACAGAUCCUGCAUGGCGCUAAACUGUCGAACCGGACUGGAGCUGAGCCAGACCUCACCUGGCAUCAGUCACCUUGUCCUGUGGUUGUGUUUCUGUGUCAAAUGUUUUCUAAUAAAACAUACAUGUUGUCUUGUCUGCUGUUUGUUCUGUCUGAGUCUACAGUGUCACAGUUUUCAUGUAAGUUUCUUCUUUUUGUACAAAUCCUUUUGUUGCAACCACUGCUGUUUAUGUUCUGGUUUCUUCGCAUUAAUGGUUGGCUUCACAUCAGAACGGCUGUUCGGUCCAUUGUUGUCACGGACCGUGAGGCUUUGGCGGGACCAUAGGGCACACAGGACCUCAGACGAUGCAAUCAAGAGUUUGUCCUAGACUCAAGAAAGGUCCAAACGUGCAAAAUAAACUCAGGACAAUCAUCAACAGGCAUGGACUAAAUAACAGAGUAGCACAGAGUGAAGUCCAGGGAGGACACCAGCGAUGACAAAUGAAAACCAGGGAGUUAAAUACAGAGGAGCAUGCGGGGCAGAGUGAGACAGGCAGAGCUGAAGGUAACCAGGAGGAUAUGGAGAGCAGCUGAGACCAAAGAAGACGAGAUGAGAUGAGGACAGGAAUCCAGUGAACAGGAACUGAAGGGAAACUCCCCUGAUGAUGUCACAGCUAACAGAACACCAGACCAGGUGUACCUUCUAUGAAGAGAUAAAUGACAGAGAG